AUGAAUGGGGGCAAUGGAAAGGAGAGAAUCGUUCACGAGGUUGCAAUGGUGGUUCCUAAGAGGAUCCGAGAAGAAGAAGAAGAAGGAGACUGUGUUGAAGUUUUGGUGACUGAGCUAAAGAAGAGAGGGAUGGUUGUUGAUAGAGUCGUUGGUCUUGCAGAUGAGUUUCUCAAGGUAGCAGCUCCUUGGGAGACUUUAGGGAAUGCAGCAGCAGAGCUUCAUAUACGUAAACCUACUCGUCUUGGAAUUGAUCUCCCCUUUGAGAUGCAAGGGUCUGAGGCUUUCUUCCGGCAACCUGACGGGUCACUGUUCAGCUGGUUUGAACGUUUCCGGUGCUAUCAACAUCUUAUCUAUGGAAUUGUAAACUGUGAAGGAUACGACGUUACACUGAAACUUGAUGGCAGAGAGUUUUGUUGGGCAGCAGGAGAAUCAUUAGUCCGGAGGUUGGAAUCAGAGGGCGUCAUUAAACAAAUGUUUCCUCUUCAUGAUGAGUUCAAGAGGAAGGAACUUCUCCAAAAUUGGGCAUUAAACUGGUGGAACUGCACAAACCAACCAAUUGAUCAGAUCUACUCUUACUUCGGCGCAAAGAUUGGAGUCUACUUUUCGUUCUUGGGAAUGUAUACGCAAUGGUUGAUAUUCCCAGCCUUACUUGGCUUUAUAGUGCAGAUGGUUGAUUUCGGGUCCUUGCAGUUUCUUGUUCUCCCAAGUUUCUUUGUCAGCAUAAUACUCUGGGCUGCUUUGUUUCUUCAGUUCUGGAAACGUAAAAACUCAGCCUUAUUGGCCAGAUGGCAGAUAAAUUAUUUAGUUGGCCCAAGUCAAGGAUACAGAUUUCUCGGAAUGGAAUGGAGUUCUCUUCCGUUUCCAAAGGACUUUAUAAAGAAAAUCGGAAAUGAGAGAGCACAAGAGAAGGAAGCAUAUCAGAGAUAUGAAUGGUUUGCAUAUCGCAAGAGGUUUAGGAAUGAUGUUCUUGUCAUCGUGAGCAUAAUCUGCCUCCAACUUCCAUUUGAGCUGGCCUAUGCUCAUAUCUACGAGAUGAUCACAUACGAUGCCAUCAAGUAUGUGUUGACAGCUAUCUACCUUUUAAUCAUUCAGUACCUCACACGGUUGGGAGGGAAAGUAUCUGUCAAGCUGAUAAACCGAGAGAUCAACGAGAGUGUGGAAUAUCGAGCUAAUAGCUUGAUAUACAAAGUUUUUGGGCUCUAUUUUAUGCAGACAUACAUUGGAAUCUUCUACCACGCUCUCUUACACCGAAACUUCAUGACACUUCGACAAGUGUUGAUCCAACGGUUAAUAAUCUCACAGGUUUUCUGGACCUUGAUGGAUGGUUCUUUGCCUUACCUUAAGUACAGCUACAGAAAGUUUAGAGCUAGGAAGAAGAAGAAAAGCGAAGGUGGACCAUCUACAGGAAGGAUACAAAUAGCCUCAAGAGUUGAGAAGGAAUAUUUCAAGCCUACAUAUUCAGCAAGCAUUGGUGUCGAACUUGAAGAUGGACUUUUUGAUGAUUCCCUGGAGCUGGCUUUACAGUUUGGAAUGAUCAUGAUGUUUGCUUGUGCCUUCCCUCUUGCUUUUGCCCUUGCUGCAGUGAGCAAUGUAAUGGAAAUAAGAACAAAUGCUUUAAAGCUAUUGGUCACACUGCGAAGACCUCUUCCUCGUGCUGCUGCAACAAUUGGAGCUUGGUUAAACAUAUGGCAGUUUCUAGUAGUAAUGUCUAUAUGCACAAACUCGGCACUCUUGGUAUGCUUAUAUGAUCAAGAAGGCAAAUGGAAGAUCGAGCCGGGUCUUGCUGCAAUCCUCAUCAUGGAACAUGUACUCUUGCUUCUGAAAUUUGGACUCUCUCGUCUUGUCCCUGAAGAGCCUGCUUGGGUUAGAGCCAAUCGUGUGAAGAAUGUGACACAAGCACAAGACAUGUACUGUAAACAGCUCUUGAGAAGCAUGUCCGGUGAAUUUGCCUCCUUGGCAAAAACUCAACAAGAACAACAACAACAACAACGACAAGACUCGGAGCAAUUUUGA